GCCAGUGGAGUUCCGCUGUCGCAAUGGAAUCAAACAAGGACGAAGCGGAGCGCUGCAUCGAGAUUUCUCUCACAGCGCUGAGAGACAACCAGCCCGACAGAGCCAGGAGGUUUCUGGAGAAGGCGCAGAAGUUAUUUCCUACUGAGAAGGCGAAACGUUUAUUAGAAUCUAUAGCUCAGAAUGGAAAAGCACAUGUCAGUGAUGAUUACUGUGGAGAAAGUGACGGCGCUGGAGUAAGGCACAGAACUAACCAUGCUGGAGACCAGACCUCGGGAGAAAGUGCCACAGAUGGAGCCAAGUCAUACACACCAGAUCAGCUGGAUGCAGUCAAAAGGAUAAAAAAGUGCAAAGACUAUUAUGAAAUUCUUGGAGUCAGCAAAGAUGCCUCGGAAGAUGACCUGAAAAAAGCAUACAGAAAACUAGCUUUGAAAUUCCAUCCUGAUAAAAAUCAUGCACCUGGUGCUACAGAGGCAUUUAAAGCUAUAGGAAAUGCAUAUGCGGUUCUUAGCAACACUGAGAAGCGGAAGCAGUAUGACCUUUAUGGGGAAGAGAAAAUCCACCAAUCACGCCAUGGCCAUUCUCAUCGCGGCUUUGAGGCAGAUAUUUCCCCUGAGGAUCUAUUCAACAUGUUCUUUGGAGGUGGAUUUCCAUCUAGUAAUGUCCAUGUCUACAGUAAUGGCAGGAUGAGAUUUGGGCAUAACCACAGGCAAGAACGAAGAGAACAGCAGAGAGAUGGAAGCCUUGCUUUGUUUGUUCAGCUGAUGCCCAUCCUCAUCCUCAUCAUAGUUUCAGCCCUCAGUCAAAUGAUGGUGUCCAGCCCUCCCUACAGUCUUAGCCACAGUCCAUCUUCAGGCCACACAAACAGGCGACAAACCGCUACUCUGAAGGUGCCUUACUAUGUGGGUGACCACUUUUCAGAGGAAUAUAGCGGAAUAAAUCUAAAGAACAUUGAACAGAGUGUGGAGGAGGACUACAUUUCCAACCUUAGAAACAAUUGCUGGAAAGAAAAACAACAGAAGGAAGGAUUGUUGUAUCGAGCACGUUAUUUUGGAGAUUCAGACCUUUACCAAAGGGCGCAGAAAAUGGGAACACCCAGCUGCUCAAAGCUCUCAGACAUUCAAGUCUUGUUACAUGGACACUGAGAGUCAAGAGUCCAGUGAACGUCUGUUUUGAAGGUGACCAAGUAUAGACAUAUUCUGCUCUCACCAAACUUUCACUGAAAGUAGAGUGGGAAUUUGCACCAGGAAAAGCAAAAAUAGUCUGUAUCCGUGCGGCGGUGGGCUCGCAUUUGUCUUUCCUCUCCCUUAUGAUGUUGGCGAAUUUGCACAUCAUUGGAUAGAUAUUGCUGAAAUCUGAAAAAUGGGUUUAAAAACAAUUCAUUUGAAAAUAACUGGUGAUAUAUUAUGGAUUUGGAGGUACACAAAACAUUAUGUAACUGUAUUUUGAAUGGUAAGCUAUGCUACUAGCUUAAUGCUUUUCUUUUCAGUCUGUGCACCCCAAUUCCAUUGUAAGCAAUUCUUAGUACCCUGUAUUUGGGUUAUCUGAGCCACUCAAGAUUUUUAGUAUUUCUUUGGACCUGUAUUAUUUGACAACAAGAACUUGGUGAAUUCAAAUUUAAGUUGUUGCCAUUCCUUAUUUAAUUCAUUGUUCACUGUAGAUUUGCUUGUUGUUUUUUUUUAAUAAGCAUUUGAGAUUAAUGAAAGAAUUUUGAUCUGUAUUUAUUAAAAUUGAAUCAUCCCAGA